GCAGGGAUACCUCCUCAUCAUCACUGCAGCACUUAGCUGACACCUGAAUCAUUCCACCUCACAUCUACCCGACAGAAAGUUCAAUCGCUUAUCACCAUGAAGACUCUCCUGGUCCUCUCCUGUCUCCUCUGUGCUUCAUUUGCAGCUCCAGCUGAAGACAAAGGGAAGUCCCCAGAUGGAACAGUGCAACAGAAAAUGGCCAUACCUGAGAUGGGGGAGAAGAUGGUGAAAGAUGGGGAAGUAUCUGUGCCAGAAGAUUCGGUCCCUGUUCCAAGAGAUGCACCUGUGUCCGAGGAGGAAGCAGCACCUGAAUUUCGUUUCGACUCCUGUCCCGCAGGCUGGUUCAGCCACGGCUCUCGCUGCUUCACCCACGUCAGAAGCUCCAUGAGCUGGUACGACGCUGAGGAGCACUGCAACAGCAUGGGUGCCCAAUUGGCCUCGGCCACCAACCCCAAAGAGUACAGAUUCCUCCAGCAGUUGACACAGGCAGCCGGUUACAACACAGCAUGGCUGGGAGGUUUCAACCUGCAGGGCCGGUGGAUGUGGAUCGACCGUGAGGGUUUCUAUUACUUAAACUGGUACAAUCUGUCACCCCCCAGCAGCCGCGCCUGUGUCAACCUGCACAUCUCCGUUGGUUGGAGUAACAACGUGUGUGGCACUAGUUCUUCCUUCAUCUGCUCCAAGAAUGCUUUUGGCUGCUAAGAUACGUUCAAAUCAUCUGAAUCCUCCGAACGGAAGAGCCUCUGCAUUCAUACUGUCUGAAGACGACUCUUGAUUGUGGUUGAGUGUCUUAUUGAAUUGUUGAUUAACACAGCUGGUUCUUUUUCCAUAAUAAAGACUUGUGAGGAGGAAAUAAA